UUUGCGGUGUGCUCAUGUGUUGUGAAGUGACUAGUGUUUAGCGAACAAUCUAGAGACUUAAAAAUUAAUCAUAUUGUUAAAUUUUGAGAACUUCAACUUUCAUUUUCAAAAUGACCGUAAAUGAAGGUGUGGAUAUCACUAAAACCGGGGAUCGCGGCGUGCUGAAACGCAUCAUCAAGGAGGGCGAAGGAACCGACACUCCCAAUGCUGGUUGUCAGGUCACCGUCCACUAUACAGGCACACUGCUGGAUGGCUCUAAGUUUGAUUCCAGCCGCGAUAGAAAUGAACCUUUUGAAUUCAAUCUAGGAAAAGGUUCUGUGAUUAAAGCAUGGGAUAUUGGAGUGGCUACGAUGAAGAAGGGCGAAGUCUGCGUGCUGACGUGCGCGCCAGAAUACGCUUACGGCGCCGCGGGCAGCCCGCCCAAGAUUCCACCGAAUGCUACAUUGCAAUUUGAGAUCGAGAUGAUUGACUGGAAGGUCGAAGACUUGAGUCCCACCAAAAACAAAGGAAUACUCCGUCACAUUAUUGAGCAAGGAUCGGGCUUUGAAAGCCCCAAUGAUGGAGCUCUUGUCACAGUCGAUCUUGAAGGUAAAUUACUGGCAGACGGCAAAGUAUUCGACACCAGAACUGUUACAUUCAACCUCGGCGAAGGCAGCGAAAGUAACGUCUGUGAAGGCAUAGAGAGGGCUCUAGAGAAAUUCCUGAAGGACGAAAAGUCUAGGAUAACCAUCCAACCGAAAUAUGCAUUCAAAUCCGAGGGCAAUGCGGCAUUAGGUGUACCUCCUAAUUCAGCCGUGGAAUACAUAGUCACCUUGAAGAGUUUCGAAAAGGCGAAGGAGUCGUGGUCUAUGGACGGUUCGGAGAAGUUGGAGCAGGCCAAGAUGUUCAAGGAGAAAGGCACUAAUUACUUUAAGGCAAGCAAAUUCCAAUUGGCGAUCAAAAUGUACAAAAGAGUCAUCACAUUGGUUGAAGAUAUGCCUGAAGACAAUAGCGAGACUGAAGAAAACAAGGCACAAGCAAAAGAUCUACUGAUAUCAGCACACUUGAACUUGGCACUGGUGUACCUGAAAGUGACACCAGUCCAUCACUUUGAAGCAAAGGAUCACGCGACUAAGGCACUCAAAUUUGACCCGAAUAACGUGAAAGGUCUGUUUAGAAGAGGACAGGCGUUGUUAGGCCUCGGUGAAGCAGAUGUUGCCAUGAAGGAUUUCCAGAAAGUUGUUGAAGCUGAACCUCAAAAUAAGGCUGCUGCCAAUCAGGUCCUCGUGUGUAAAGCGACCCUGCAGAAGCAGAAGCAGAAGGAGAAACAGCUGUACGCGAACAUGUUCGACAAGUUUGCGAAGCACGACUCGGAGUUGGAGAAGAUAAGAGCUAAAGAAGAAGUGGAUGUGAUAGGCGAGAAAGUAGGGGAGUGGGGCACGGGUGAAGGCGAGUGGACAGACGAGCAGAGAGAUAGAAAACCUACAGAGUUUGAGAAGGAAAACCCCAACAUUCUAAUGCUAGACAAAGACGGACAGUUUGAGAACAUGUGAGCAAGACA